AUGACGCGCAAGAUUUUUGCUAUCAAAGUCGGUGUGAUCACGAGGGACUCUCGGGACCAUAUGGCAAUUGAGAAGCGGGGAACAAAGAACCAACCCGUCAUGAAUGAACAAGAUCUUGAGGAGUUGAACCGCGAAACCGGAAUCUCUACAGAGACAAGAACACAAUUGUCUGAGAACGAGACAAAGAUCAGAAAUUCCGAGCAUAUGGGAGAGCCAAAGGCAUGUUGA